UGGUGAGAUAUAUAAAAGUUCAAGCCCAUUUCAUUGUUUUUGUAGUUUGCAGGAACAUUAAAGUUCGGAAAGACGGAGGCCUUGCUAGCAUUGUCUCAAGUCAAGUUACAGCAACAUUAGCAAUGUGCAUGCGCGGCAGGAAGACGUUUUUUUCCCGGUGCUAUUUUGUUUUCCGUCGUCAUGUUUAUUUAUUCAUUUUUUACCAUUUCACUCUUUUUUUUUUUUAAAACCUAAAAUUGAUAAUAAUUUUUUUUUUUCAAUAUAUUUUUUUAAAUGAAAAAGUUAUUGUUUUUGUAUCUAAUUAAAGUACAAUGUACAACUUUAUUUUUUAAACCUAACAUCAGAUGUUGUUUUUUUAUUUAAUUUUUUAAAUGAAAAGAUAAAAUCUUCCCCCAGAAAUAUGUCAAUAUUUUAAAUAUUGCUGGGCAACUUUUCAAACUUAAUUGUGAUUCUGUUACCUAAUUAUCGCACUAUAAGGCUGUCGUAAGACCAAAUCAACCACCAUGAAGCCUUGAUCCAAUUGCCUGCAAAGCUUCAUUGCUUCAAGAAGCUUAAUUUGGCCAUCACUUUUCUCUUGGGAGAGACAGUAAAUCUCCGCUUCCACAGCUGUCAACACUGUUGUUGUCCAACAUGCCUCUUAGCAUGCAUUGCAGUGCUACAGAUGUAAAUAACAAUCAAAAUUCAUGUUCUGUGAUAAAAUUUUUCUUCAGUUACAGUUCUAGUUGCUUCAUUAAUAGCUAGUUAUGGAAUUUGUUACACUUUAUUUGACAGUGGAGCCAUAAGACUGUCAUAAGGUUAUCAUAAUUAUGACAUGACACUGCCAUGAGCAUUAAUUAAUGCUUAUGAAAGACAUCAUUUUGUGUCAUCUGGCAAAUGAUAUCACUUUUGAAUAGAUGUAAAAUAUCCGAGCUGAACAUAAAUGGAGUUAGUGACAUAAUUUGCAGGAUGACACUUAAUGACAUCUUUCAUAAGCAUUCAUUUAUGCCACUGAUAAUGUCAUGUGACGUCAUAAUUAUGAAGGUCAUAUGGCAGACUUAUGACGCCGCCGUCAAGUAAAGUGCUACCUAUUAACACAAAUAAAUCAACAAAUAAGCCGCAGGAUUCAAAAUGAGGGAACAAAGUAGCUUAUAGUCCGAAAAUUACGGUAACUUCACAGUUCACACCAACGUUAUAUGCAUUUUUGAGAACUACAACUCAAUUAUUCAUAUGGAUUCAGUAUGUAGUUAGAAAGCUACACUCCAAAUACAGUAUAGAAAUACUGUAUACUUAUUUGUUUUAGUGUGCAACAUUUCAAAGUCAAUGUUGAUUUUUGUCAAUGUUGAAUUUUUACGACCACACUCCUAAUACACAUGAAUUCAGUUCAUUUAAGAUGAAGUGUCCCAUUUCCCCUUUGUAAGCUUUUCUUAGUACUGUAGUGCACACAAUUCUGAUUUGUUUUAGAUCUGCACACUGUACUGAGGAAUACAUCUCUUUUCACAAUUGGAGCAAAAUGCCGAGACACUGUUCUGCGGGCGGCUGCAAAUCCCGUGACAACCGUGAGACUCGUAAUGCUGGAAUCACAUUCCACAAGUUGCCCAAAGAAGCCUCUCGUCGAAACCUCUGGAUCAGCAACUCCCACCGUUCUGACUUCUGGGACCCUCAGACUGACUUUGUAUACUUUUGCUCCAAACAUUUCAAGCCGGAAAGCUUUGAGCUAACUAGUUGCAGUGGCAUUAGAAGACUGAGGGAAGAUGCGUUUCCAACUGUGUUCGAUUCCUCCUCUGCUAAAAGUUACAAGUGGCUGGGAGAGGUCCUGAAUCCAGAAGACGGCAAAGUUUCACACGAGCACAACACUGACAAAUGUCAAACUUUAGAUGAAUCCACAAAUCAAACUUCGCUUGACGCGAAAGAGACCAACGAGGAACCAGAUGGAUCUUCACAUGAGGCAGGAGAAGAUGGGGAGCAGCUCUCGCCUCGAAGAAAAACCCCUUCACCUCCGCCGGCGUCUCCAACCCGCUCCGUCUCACCUUCGCGUUACAUGCGGCGCCUCCCCCCACGGCCAGGAUUCUACCUGCCUAAGGAGCACAGCUACGCCCUGCUCUGCCCCCUGCUGUGGAGAAGGCGUUACGACAAGGCCGUGGACUACUUGGAGAAGACCCUGCGGCAGCUGCAUGCUGCUCGGCGCCGGGAGAGCCGACUACGGAGCUCCCUGCUGAGGCUCCGCGACAGACAGCAGAAGAUGCAAGCGAGCAGAGAUGACUCCAAGAGCAGCGAGGAUUGCCACCCUCGGGAAGAUGACGCUAUAGGCGAGGAUGAGUCGGGAAGUGCAGCAGAUAAAUACUGUUGCUAUUGUGGGAGAGGGCGCAAAAUGUUAGAAACGGACAAAGAGGUAAACCCAGCGGCGCUUAAGGAGUCGGCGGCAACUGCUGAGGAAGAGUUCACUGAAAAACAUAACUUGAACGGGACAAAUUUGCAAAAUUUGCCAUGUCCAUUCCAAACUAUACAACAGCUGCCCAACUCUCUUUAUGAGCCAUGUGAGGUGAAAGUUGCAUCUCACAAUCAGGAUUCAUUACAAUCACUUCUGUGGAUAAAGGGCGAAGACAAGGAGCAGUUCAUACUGGUCCCUAUCGAAAACCAAAUCCAGAACUAUCUCACCGUGGAGGAUGUUGUCACUCAGACUGUGUUAGAACCAUAUUCUGAUAACGUUAGUGAGCCGACUGGAACUGGAAGCCAGCAGUGUUCCGUGCAUGGCGCUUCACUGGAAGAACUGAGUGAAGACGUGAGGGAGAAACUGAAAGAACACCUGGAGGGCUUUCACCUGCAGCUCAGUCACGACAGAGAGGGGAAGGAGGGAGGAUCCGGGACGACUGCCAGCUGCUGACAACAACGCAGAUCUCCACACACACACACACACACACAUACACGUACACGCACAGUGAGAGGAGUGGAUAGACACGCAGGACCAGUAGAAGUUGCCACAUUCGAACCAACAGUCGACAUGCCUCAGUACUCAGACUUGGAGGGCGCCAUAAACACGCUGGUCACCCAGUUCCAUUCGGCCUCGGGCGACAACAGUUCCACGCUAAAGUUGGACGAGUUCAAAGGACUUCUGUCCUCUCAGCUGCCCAACCUGGCCAAG